GUUCUGUUAUCAUCAUUUGGAGGUUUUCUUGUUGUCGUUGUGUGACAUGUCACGGACCAAAGUUUCUCGUUGCAAUCAUUAAAGUUUUCUAAUAGAAGUAUGAGCCAAAAUCAAUUUUAUACGGAUAGUUCGUUCUUUGUGUCCGACGAUAAUCUUAACUUUCAUUCGAGCGCUUACUCUAACUACGACCAGAACUUUGACAGCUAUUCGCAACCAGCUCAGUUGAAUCCAUCAUCUCCUUGGCAGCAGCCUGCUACAAAUUUUACUGGUGAAGAAGAUGAACCACCUCUCCUUGAAGAGCUCGGAAUCGAUGUCAACAAAAUAUUCACACGACUGUUACAUUCUCUCGAUCCUACUGGCCGAUGUGGUGUAAUUUUAGGCGAUUACGACGUCAUUGGACCGAUAGCUUUAUAUUUAACAUACACAUCUCUCUUACUGUUAGCUGGCGGUAAACUAAUGUUUAGCUAUGUUUAUGGCUUAGCAGUUUUAACGUCAGUGUGCAUGUAUGCACUUCUCUGGGCUAUGACGGAUUCAUCAGAAGUCACAUUGACGUCAACUUUCUCAGUGUUGGGUUAUUCUUUUACGCCUGUUGUGCUAGUUGCAUUGCUGGCCGUUUUUGUUAAUCUCAAGAAUGUGUUUGGUGCAUUAAUUGUUUUUGUUGCCGUCUUAUGGAGUAGUUCAAAUGCAGCCAAAGUUUUUGUCGCUAUGUUUGGAAAUGCUGACCAGAAAUACUUAAUGGCUUAUCCGUGUGCGAUAAUUUGUGGGCUUUAUACAUUGUUUAUAUUAUACUAAAUCAUACAUUUAUAUAUUUAUAUAUUUGAUGUAUUCAUAUUUACUACCUAUUAUAGUUAUAAUAAUAAAAUGUUUAAUUUUUGUAUACAUAAUGUUUUGUCUUUAAAUUUCUCUUAAUAAUACCAAAUUUUUAUUCAGUA